UACGAAACUUCCUUCCUUUAUUCUACUUACGCCCCUUCGCAAGGAAACGGGUCAACCAUGGCAGCUUAACCUCUCUUUCCUUCUGCUCAUCCUCCUUUUUCUUUCCAUAAAUUCAAUACUCUCCUACAUUCCGUCUCAGUAGUUAAUUUGAUUUUCUUCAUCUGAUAUAAAGCAUGGAGGCAGAGGUCGGAGAAGGUGAGAUCUCUCUUCGGUCGUUGAAUCUCGACGACAUAGACGAUUUCAUGGUGUGGGCGACGGAUGAUAGGGUAUCUCGAUUCUGCACAUGGGAAACUUACACGAGCAAAGAAGAGGGCAUCAAAUACAUCAAGGAAACGGUAAUACCCCAUCCCUGGUUCAGAGCAAUAUGCUUCAACGGCCGGCCGAUCGGCGCCAUUUCGGUGACUGCAAACUCCGGCUUCGAUCGAUGUAGAGGGGAAGUUGGUUAUGUGUUGGGGUCAAAGUAUUGGGGGAAAGGAAUUGUCACGCGAGCUCUGUCAAUGGUGGUGAACACCAUAUUCGACGAGUGGCCGCAUCUGGAGAGACUAGAGGCUCUGGUUGAGGUGGGUAAUGUUGGAUCUCAGAGGGUACUUGAGAAGGUAGGGUUUACAAGAGAAGGUGUGUUGAAGAAAUACUUCAUUCUUAAAGGAAGGUCUAGAGAUAUGAUGAUUUUCAGCUUACUCUCUACUCAUGAUAAAACUUUAUAAUCAUUUAAAUUCCAAGUUCUGUUAAUCGCCAUGGUCAUAUCUUUCAGGUUUACAGAGACUGGAAUGUUUGAUUCUCUAUUUUAAUAAAUGCGAUAACUCCCUUGUCUUAAUUGACUUAUUGGUUUUUUGCACA